AUGGCUGCAAUGCCAAACUUCUACCGGCGGGAAGAAAGGCUUAAUUUACACAUUUCUUUGGAAAAGCAUGUUUCCUGCCUGACUCCACUGAAAGAUAUCACAAAGGAGAAACCUUCCCACAAAGGAUCUGGACUUCCCUCCAGACUUCUUUUCUGCGCACUGUGCGUUUCCUUUGCAUUAGAUGCCACCGCAGAAACCAAAGAGCAAAGCAAAAGCACAAAAGGCAAAAAGAGAGGAUCAGCGAAGGUCAAGAUCCAGCGCCUGAGAGCUCAGGAAUCCUCACCAGACCCAGUGCUGAGGGUGAAUCCAGGGACCUCAACGGAUUACACCCUAGUGGAAGAUUACGAGCAGAGCAUCCAUGAGAUGGUUAACCAGCUGAAGAACAGCUCUGAGCCCCUGGAAAGCAAGUGUCAGGUCAACCUGAGACUCUGGAUGUCCAACAAGAGGAGUUUGUCUCCUUGGGCCUACAGGAUAAACCAUGAUGCAGCGCGAAUCCCAGCUGACAUUCCAGAGGCACUCUGCCUCUGUGCAGGAUGCAUUAAUCCUUUCACCAUGCAGGAAGACCGUACCCUGGUCAGUAUUCCUAUCUACAGCAAAAUCCCAGUGCGCCGCCUGCUGUGUGAGCCAAGCAAAACUCACAGGAAGAAGAAAAAGUGCCACAAAGAAUACAAAAUGGUAAUGGAGACCAUUGCUGUAGGUUGCACUUGCAUUUUCUGAGGACCCACGACGGGCAGGCCUUCUCCCAUCCUUGCAGCGAGGCCCUCUGCUCCCAUUUCCCUAGCCUCCUUCUCUUGCCAGCUGGUGAGCUAAGGGCCCU